AUGGCGACCGACGAAGAAGAGGGGGAGAUCAUAUCCGACGAUGAGAACAAUGGACCUCAAGAUCAAACUAGAGAGGAGAAAAGAGUUCCGGAGGAGAAAAAAUCCUCAGAGCCCCGACCCAUGUCGAUUGGUGAUAUCGCUGCCAGGAUUCAAGAACAGAACGCACUUCGGAUGGCUUCGGGCUUGGAACGUAUGCCGCACGACGAAGAUAGAUCGAGGAAACGACAUCACAAGAAGGAGAAGAGACGCCGUCGCAAUAGCCAUUCGGAGGAGGAUUCCCCCCACCGGAAACAUAGACGGCACGAGCGCCAAAGGUCUCGCUCCAGGUCGAAAUCUCGGUCCAGGAGUCCGCCCAAGAAAGCGAAGAAAGAAGAUCGCGUGCCAUGCAAAUAUUACAUGGAAGGAAAGUGUCAAAAGAGUGAUGAUUGCCCAUUCUCGCAUGCCAUAGAGCAGACAAAACGUACCGAUUUGUGUCGGUUCUACGUGUCGGGUCACUGCAUAAAACGAAACUGUCCAUUUAUGCACGAAGACUUCCCAUGUAAAUUCUACCACACUGGAGCGCCUUGCUUCGCGGAUAAGAGCUGUCGCUACUCCCACGCACCUCUCACGGAUGAAAUGCGCGAUGUACUCAUGCGGUACCUCGAUGAAUGCAAAGGCCUAAAACGUGAAGACCUGGAGAGGCUCAGCCGUAAAGCCAAAGAGAGAGAGGACCGUCAAAAAGAUCCCAAAGCACCACCCCGAUCCCACAAGGAACCGCUCUUGGAACUGCCCCAGACGUUGAGGACAGAGGGAAUGCAAUUGGGCGUUGAGGAUACCGACUUCAGAAUACUCCCUCCAGGAACAGCUGAUGUCGAUUACCGGCUACCCGUGGGGAAGGAUGAUGGCGUCGGUAUGCAAGCUUUCUAUCGGGAUACGAUGGAAUCUCCGAAUGUCUCGCCGAACGGACGAAGAGAGUCUCACGAUAUUGACAGAAGUCCCGGCCAUGGAACAGAGAGCGCGGAUUCGAAGAGAGCCGAAGCCGGAGAUCGGCACAAUCAGAGCCCAAAACGAGUCGUGGAAAGACCAGCCGAUCCGAGAGAUCGUUCCAAUAACGUGGACACAAUGCCAGGCAUUCCCAAAUCGCAGCGAGAUCUCCUGAUGCGUUUGCAACAGAGAGUUGAAACAAGUCAGGACUCUCAGGGCAGCAGCCAAGAAGAAGGAAGACGCACCCCGAUGCCAGACGAGGAUACCGGCGAGAAUCGUCAUGAUGGACAGCAAGAAGACAGCGAUGACGAUCAGCCGCUCACCGACGUUAUCAAACGGCUUCAACAAACUCCAGCUAACACCGAUGCCCCUCCACCACCGGCAGCAGCUAGCCGACCCGGAGGCGGAAUCGAUCUCGUUAAAAUGAUUUCCUCAAUCAACAGCAGCAGUAAUUCAAAUAAUCAAUCCCAAAGCGUCAUUGCACAGCCCAACGAAUACUGGAAGCAGUUGUUGACUAUUGCGGGUGUGGAUCCCGCAACAGGAACAUCUCUUCCAACCGCGACCACCAAUCAAACGACACCACCGAAAGUCGAUCCUCGCAAGGCCCGGGAUCCCCGACAGCAGGCCCAGAGCCUUCCGUCACAGUUGCCAGUAUUCCCCACGUUAGAAGUCACCGUGACCAUCGAAUCGCACGACGGUGAGGCGCCCUACGUCCUUCGACCGAUCGAAACCUCGCCGGUGAGGUACGAUGAGCUGGUCCAUCUCGUGAAGAUGAAUUUCAGGCUGAAGUCUGAUCCUCGACUCGAACGUCAUCUCGAGAAAUUGGGGAAGCGAGAGGAACUGGUCGUCGAGUCGCCCCAGUCCCCACCACACAUUCAGCCGGCUCCGUCGGUGGCGGCGAACUUUCUGGCUCAGUUGGCAAUCGGGAAACCGGGUCUGCUACCUGCACCGGUUUUAGCCGCUCCGGACCGGAGCAAAAUCGAUCCUCGAUUGCGCUUGGGCAACCCUAGCGGUGGCGUCGAUCUCAGACCUCCAGGACUCCCAAUGCCGGACAUCCAAGCCCUCGCCAUGGGAGACCUCCGCAGACCUCCUGGAAUGAUGCCUUCGAUGUCCCCGGUGAGUCUUCCCGCUCCGGUUGUCAGACAGGACCCAAGACAAGCAGCGAGACAGGACCCUCGACAAGAGUCACGCUUCCAGCCGGCUUUCGCGUCGCCGCGAAACGAUCCGCCCAACGUGACGCCGGUGGAGCCGCGGCAAAAUUCAGCCAGAGUCGAUCCGAGGAGAAGAGCCGAUCCUCGAGCCAAAAGCACUCCCGCCACUGAAGAUCCCCCCAACGAGGAUCAGGUCAAGAAACCCACGCCUCCGAUUGUGUACAGCUCGCCCUUGUCGGCUUACGACGAUCAAGUCCCGGAAAAAACGUCGCCUUAUCCGCGCAGAAAUAUCGGUCGCAUCAAGAAGAAAAAUCCGCCGCCUGCGGCCACCGCUCCCCAGACUGCGUCGUCUUCCGAAGAGACUCAAAAAACGGACAUGCCUUCGACUUCUUCCGCACCGGCGUCGACCAACGCGGCGACUCCUCCGGCGUCCGCCGCUGCUGGAUCUGCAGGUCUGGACUCCCUGCCAGCUAUGCCGUCCCUCCGAUCCCAUCCGGUCGAUUCGUACUCGGUCGAUGUUGAGGACAAGACGCUCAGCGAAAUGUUUAAGAACAAAGACCCGACGGCCUCUCCUUUCAAUUAGGAGCUUGAGCUCGGCCUGCGAUAACGCCCCGCGAUCAUUCAUGUGAGGAAGGAGAUCUAGGCAGACGGAUGUCCUGUGACAGCCGCCGCGCGAAACGCUCCUUGACUUGAUUCGAAAGCCUGAAUGCCCUUGAAUCAUUUGGCUUUACGCGGGAUCCAUCUUGAUUCUGAUCGAGAACUUGUAUCUUGUAUCGUAGUGUACAUUGCUCUCGCAAUAGAGAAGUUUCCUGUAAAAUAUUACUAUAUAUACCUCGGAAGCUGGGCCGACCAGUUGACAGUGUUCGUGGAAAGAUGAUGUCUCCAGCUAGCGAGCAAUAAUGAUGGUAAAGUGAAAUUAAUAA